AUGUCAGCUUCCCGCAGGGAGGUGCACCAUCUCCACAAGGCGGAGGCGGUGGAGGUGAUCAAAGAGCUGGGUUUGUCCUUCAGCCCGGCCUGGUCGAUGGACGAGCUGAGGCACACCAUCAAGGAGGCCCUUUUCCCGAGGGACGAGAGCGCCUCUCAGAAGAUCCUGAAGGGGAUCAGCGCCAUGAAGAAGCAGGAGCUGGCCCAGAAGGCAGAGGAGGUCGGGGCCCACCUCACGCCGAACAUGACGAAAACAGCGAUGAAGCUGGAGAUCCGCAAGGCCGUGUUGAUGAAGACGAAGCCCGCGCCGACGGACUUCAUGGAUUUCGGCAAGCACGGGGUCAGCUCAUGGAACGGGCGCAAGCUCGGGACUGACCAAGGCAACCAGAAGGGCCGGGAGACCCGGGACAAGGCCGAGCCCGAGCACCUCUGGAUCAGCACUUGGUGUGGUCCCCUAUCCACGCUGACACUCGGUUUCAACGCCACCAACCCAGCCAGGGCAGAGAUGACCAGACAACGACGGGUCCAAGCGAUCAAAGAGUAUAAGGGCGCGGUGCAAUUGGUGUACGACCAGGUGGCCCAGGGAAGGCGCGCCCAUUGGGAGUGGCCCAUCAAGUGCGAAGGAUGGGGCCAUGCCAUGAUCCGUCAGAUGAUCGAGGACUGCUCGAUGACCGUGGUGAAUGUGGCCGGGUGCCAGCUUGGGGUCAAGAAUGAGAAGGGGGAGCCCCUCUUGAAGGAAUUGCUCAUCGCUGCGACCUCACCGAAGAUGGCGUCUCGGAUGGCCACAGAGUGCCUGGAGGUCACCGGCGUGGCCAGCUACUACACGGACGAGUUCGCCCGGAGGGCCGUGCGGGCCAUGAUCGAGGACGCCGCGCCGGACUACCACGAGUUCUUGAGGAGUAUGUCUACGGAGAAUGAGACCAACGGACGCGCCCUCGCGGGGCACCAGGAGUCGAACUCACCCGCCGAGGACCCUGGCUCCAAGGAGUACCAGAAGAUCACGCAGUGGAUCGCGUCUGUGCACCGAGGGUUCGGUCACAGCUCCAAGGCGUCCAUGCUGAAUGCGCUGAAAAGGAAGGGAGUGCGCUCCAUGGUGCUGAGGGUGGCCCAGGACUUCCACUGCGAGGCGUGCGAGGAAGCGAACAACCAUCGCCUGACGCACCCGCCCGUCAGUCUCGAGGCCAUACCCCCGAAGUGGAAGCAGAUCCAGGCCAAGUUCUCGCUGAUCGUUGACGAGAACUGCAAGGUCCGGGUCACUAAGCUGUUAUACCACAUAGUGGGCCAGGACCGCCACAGGAAUCCCGUCUGGGCAGACCUCGAGAACUUCUACGAGGGAAGGUGGCUACCUUACUUCGGGAAGCCACAGCGCGUGAAGGUGGACCCCGAGGGCUCCUGGAUGUCCCAGCAGGCCGCUCAGCAUUUUGAUUCAGACUCCAUCGGGUACGAGCCGAUCCCCGGCCAGGCUCACUGGCACAUUUCUCUCGCGGAAGAGGCGAUUCAGGCAACAAAAGGGACGAUGGACAAGCUCGUGGCGGAGAACCCUGACAUGUCCACCGAAGAGGCCCUGGCCCGUGCCACCGUAGCCGGGAACUCACGGGAAGACGUACGAGGCCACUCCCCCCUGCAGCACGCGCUGGGAAGGGCCCCUGACCUGGACGGCCAUUUCUUCGAGAGCGACUUCGACGAGCUGCCCUGCGUCGAGGCGCAACGGGUCGACAAGGAGUACGGCGAGAACUACAUGAGGAUGUACGCGGCCGAGCAGGAGUACCCGAGGCAGGUGUACCUACGUCGCCUGGGUCGUGCAGAGAAUGCCAAGAACCAAGCGCUCAAGGCCGUGGCGCCUGGCAUGUGGGUGCGCUAUUUCUGCGAGGAGAAAGGCGAGGUCAAAGGCCGAUUCAAGGGGCUCGCGCGGGUGCUCGCGGCGGAGACGAGCCGGCCCGUGGACGGUGACCUUGGAGCAAACGCGACAUUGCACCCAGGUCGUGCCGGACCUGUGGUCUGGUUGGCCCGGGCCGAGCGCAUCAUCAAGGUAGACUUGUGCCAGAUCCGAGCUGCAUCCGCGCGGGAGAUCGCCUGCGCUGGGCUCAUGGCGGGCAAGGACACGCCCUGGACCGUGAACACAUUCAUGAAUCAGGCGAUGCGGCAGGAGUACCUGGACUUUUCGGGGCACGACCCCACAGAGCAGGACGAGGAGCUCGCAUCCUGGGAGGGGGUGCCGGAGCCAUCACCUCCAGCGAAGAAGGCCCGCCACGAGGAGCCGCCCAGCGAGACCAAGUCCGAGCGCAACCAGAUCCCUGUGCGCAAGGCGAUUCGGAAGAAGGCGCCUCCGCCAGGAGGAGUGGCCAGUAUCGCGAAGGCAACCCAGGCUGUGCAGGCAGAGGAUGUCAUGAUGGAAAUGGCUGCCCUCGUGGCCAAGGCAUCCCUGGAUGCACGAUCCUUCUGGGCACGGCAGGGUGCAUCCCUGGAGAUCUCGGUCGAGCUGCCCCUGGCAGGAAAGCCCUUGAAGCUGGCCGCGAGACACAUGAGCACCUACAUGGCAGGCCAACUGAAAAGAGGGAAGCGAGAGAUCUCAGAGCGGACCCUCGCCCCGGGGGAGGUGAAGAAGUUCAGUGUCGCCAAGGCCACCGAGGUGAACAAUCGCGUCAUGUUGUCCGCGCUGGAAUCCUCGCCGCCUGGGGUCACACCGCCACCAGAGGAUGUAAUGCGCAUGCGGUGGAUCCUGGAGUGGAAGAUGGAUGAGACUACGAGUGAGAAGACGCCCAAGGCCCGGAUCGUGGUCUUGGGUUACAUGGAUCUUGAGUACGAGCACCAGCCGACGAUCGCCCCAACCAUGACCAGGACCUCCGGGCACCUAGUGCUGAAGGCAAUGGCGUGGCUCGGGUUCAAGGGUUACAAGGCCGACGUGACAGGAGCGUUUACCCAGAACCGGGAGAUCAAGCAUGACCUGUUCGUGAUGCCCGUGAAGGAGCUGGCCGUCGCCCUGGGGGUGCCCGAAGGGGUUGCGAUGCGACUGCGGAAGGCAGUCUAUGGGCUCGUGGAGGCAGCCAUCGAGUGGUUCAUGACGGUGAGCGAGGCCCUGGAGGAGUUCGGCUGGACGCAGAUGAAGAUGGACCCACGCGUUUGGGUACUCCACGGCCAAUCCCACGGCCAGGACACCAGAUUCACGAAGGAGGCCCUGGGCCAAUUCACCAGGUCCGAGGUAAUGGGCGAGCUGAUCGCGGCGAAGGGUGACCUGGACAUUGUGGCUAUCGCAGGGCCCCACGUGGAUGACUUCCUGCUCGGAGGGAAGGGGACGGACCCCAGGUGGAUCGAAGCCAGGAAGAAGAUCGAAGAGCGAUUCAAGUGGAAGACAUGGGAGACCGACGAGUUCAUGCAGACUGGAGCCCCGAUACGGCAGCUGCCAGAUAUGAGCUUCAAGAUGGACCAGAGUGAGUAUGUCGAGUCCAUCGAGGGGGCAGUCGUGAGCCCGGAGCGAAAGAAGAACAAGGACGCCCCGACCACCGACAAUGAGGAGGGGCAGCUGAGGGCAAUCCUGGGUGCCAUCGGCUGGCGCUCCGAGCAGUCAGGCCCCAUGCACUCGGCGGACACAAGCCUUUUGCUAAGCGCGAUGCCGUCCUCCACCGUGCAGACCCUCCUGGGCGCGAACCGCCUGGUGGACAGGGUGCAGGAGGGAGUAGACCUCCCUGUGGUCAUCCACAGCCAUUCUAACGCGCAGGUGAUCGUUCCCAUCGAGUGGUCAGAUUCCUCGAAAGCGAACCGCCCCGACGGGAAAUCCACCAAGGGGCUUGUCACGGGGAUGGACGAACUGUUCGGGGUCAAGCUCCAAUGGUUGGAGAUCCUCGGCAAUCAGAUCGACUGGCGCAACCCGGAGGGGGCACUCAGUCAGUUGCCCGCCGCCCUCGUGCUGGACUCCAAGGGCCCCUGCGACGAGCUGCAGACCACGGUGUGCACGUUCCGCGGCAAGGAGAAGAGGGCGGACGUUGAGGCCAUGACCCUGAAGGAGGGAUCGACGGCAUCCAACAAUUGGGUACCGAGGGUACACGGAGACGCUCAGCUGGCGAACUCAUUGACGAAACGGCACGAGCCUGGCCAGCUGAGGAUGUACUACAACAGUGGCCACAGGUGGAAGUUAGUCUAUAACGCCAAGUACCAGAGCGCUAAGAAGCGGAAAGCCGCGGGGAUCCUUCCGUUCGAGAGCGUCCCCCCUGGAGUGCUGCGCCGCGAAGAUGCGGGAGACGGGGCCACGUGCGCUGCAGCAGGCGCUGGAACCAGUCCCGUGGGUUUCCCUGAAUACGAGGCGAUUUCUGAUUACAGCAGUGAGGGGGAGUUGAUGGACUGA